UUCCGGAUGCAGUGGGGGCGCUACUGCUGUGCUGAUGAGCACUACAUCCAAACGCUGCUGCAUAUAAAGGACCGGCGAGGCAUAUCGCACUACCCCACCACCUUCACAGACUGGCGGCUGAACCAAUACCAUCCCAUCCUGUACCACCGCCAGAACACCACUGCUAAGAUGAUCAAAUACAUGAAGACAACUCAGCAAUACAUCCAGUUCCGGUCCUUCUGGCGGGAGUUCAAGAGUAACUACACUUAUAUAUUUAACACAUCAGAACCACAACCCCCAAAG